UUCUGACUGGAUCAGACCACGUGACCGGAAGUAUUGUUUCUAGUGCGAACGCGCGAAUGUUACACGAAUUGACUGCUCGGCGGUACAUUAAAAACAGCUCAAGCGGACAUUAAGCAAAAUGUCUCGACCAAUGGGAGACAGUCACAAGCGCUUCUUGCAAACCAUGAUGAGCAAUGGCAUCAUCAGUGCAUCUCAGGCCAUAGCACUACACAGACACUGCUGUGAGACCCAUGGAGCACACUACGUGGCCGACAGAUUAGAUGAGUUCAUUAAUAUCAUCAACGCUCAACUUCAGUCUUUGUUCAUGCAGAUCAGGAAAGGCAUGUCUGAAGAGGAUGGACUCGAGUAUUAUGCCUUGGUAAACGUGACAGAGACGGACAUAACAAGAAUGGCAUCCGAUUAUGCAGACAAUGAACUGGAAUUAUUCAGAAAAACGAUGGAUCUGAUUGUAGACUCUGAGAGUGGUUCUGCCUCCUCCACCGAUAUUUUAAAUUGUGCCGACAGCCUCCUGACAAAGAAGCUGAAGAAAAAAGAAACAGAGCUUGUCUUAAACAAAUUUGUCCAGGACAAAUGGUUAAAUGAGAAAGACGGUGAGUACACUCUAAGUGUGCGCUGUAUUGUGGAGAUGGAACAGUAUAUGCGCACAAUCUACCAAGACCUUAUCAAAGUGUGUCACGUGUGCCACAACAUUGCCCUGCAGUCCCAGGUGUGUGAAAACCCAGUUUGUGGAAUCAAGAUACACUUCCCGUGUGUUGCCAGAUAUUUUAGAGCGCGCAGUGACCCACGUUGCCCUGAAUGCAAUGAAUUCUGGCCUCAUGAGAUUCCAGAAAUGCAGCAUUCCCAGUCACAGAGUUCACAAAAUCUGCCUUCAUCAUCCAAAGAGAACACCGCUCCCACGACGUCACGCCGGUCAAGAAGGUCGUAAUCUCAAAGCAUUUUGAUUAAUCGCUGCAGCUGGCCUUUUGACCAUUAAUGAGGAUUUUCAAGUACAUUUACAUGUUAGGAGUUUAACGUUUUUUUGGUCUUGUUUGGAAACAUAUCUGUCUCUGUCGAAUUUAUAGCAUUUUGUACAGUUGCUGAGAUAAAAAUAAAAUAAACAUUCAGCAGAACACUGUUUAGAUCUCUGUUCAGAUCUCCUUUCAAAAGAAAUUAAAAAGAGAUUACUUCCUCAAGUUAUUUAGCAAAUUUUGAAGUGUUGCAACUAAAUGCGGGUAACCGUAUAAUUUAGUUCCCUACAUUCUGUUCCUGUAGCAGAACUGAAGAGAACCUGUAGAGAAUGAUGUGGCAAACCAAGACCACGAAUUCAAGUUACACAGAAAUACUUGUACAUUGCUGCUUUGGAUAAAUUAUCUGAUUUAAUCAUUUAGCAGACACUUUUAUCCAAAUGGACUUACACACAAGUGGUCCCUGUCUGCUGUAGAUGUUUAAGAUUGACCUAAUUUUAACUACUUUAUAUACUGUUGGGUAGUUUAUUCUACAGAAAUGCAUCAUAUUCUAUAAGAGCAUUUGUAGCGUAUCUCUAAAAUGUCAACUUUUCAUGUGCUCAGCACAACAGCCCUGUUUUGAGCUUUGUGACGCUGAGCGUUUGUGUGUUUUUGUU